UAAAGAUAUAAAAAAAGAGAAAUAUCUUGCUCGCCGCUUCAUAAAACUACACUCUUCUUUUUUCACUUUCUUUUAUUCUCCAACAACUUUAUAAAAAAAUGGGUCUUUUCGAUCACUUUGGUUCGCAACACGAAGAAUUCCACGGCAAGGAAAAGCACGACGGUUCCUUCACCCACGAACUGAUUGCCGGUGCUGCUGCUUUUGAGGCUGCCAAGGCUUACAACGAGCACCGUGAGAAGAACGGCGAGCCCGUAGACCAUGCUACUGCCAAGCAACUCCUUGCUGGUCUUGCUGGUGGUGUCGUUGAUAAGUUGAUCGAGACCAAGGGUUUGGAUGCCAUCGACAAGUACAAGGCAAAGAAGCAUGCCGAGGAACAGUUGAACAGCUACUAUGACAACGAACUCCAGAAAUAAGCACCAUCAUCUUUCAUUAAAUAUUCUAACAUCCGUCUUUUGUUUCCGUUCUCCUUACCACUAUCAUUAUGUGAAAUACCUCUCUUGUGAAAUGUCAUGAUCAAAUGAUGAUGUAUCAUAGCUUUGUUUAUUCAAUAAAAACCCCUCAAUUGAUUAUAUUGACUGUAAAAAACCUAUAUAUAUAUACAUCCCUUUCUCGUAUUUUCCCAAUAUAUCUCGGGCUUUUCUUGAAAUAUUGUCUUCUACUGUACGUUGAUUAUCACGCAUGGGAAUAUUUUGAAUCGAUC